AUGAUCCGACCGGUGUCGAAUCUGCAAAUGCAACGUCAGCUUCAAUCCCCCAGCAAGCCUCUGAAAUCGACCACGACGUCCUCUAAGUCUCCGAUCAAGAAGCACCUUCAGAAUGCCUCCAUAGAACAACCAUCGUCUCCUCUUCAUGAGCCCCAGAAAGGGAAACUACGUGGGUCAGUUCUUCGAGCAGGUUUGAAUUUACUGGACCAAGACGUGAACGGAACUCGUUGGAAGCCCACCAAGUCCUCCCAGCGCGCUGCCGGCCCUACCCUUGUCCGAAGCCCAACGUACAGCGGUGGAACCGUCCAAGCUCUACGUGGCCCUCCAUCAGGCAAAGUCGCCAUCGGUCCGGCUACGACUCUGGGUCGGCGAAUUUCAACUUGA